AUUUCAUUAUUUCCAACCAUAAAUUUUUAUUUUUCAGGCUAUAAAUUUCAUCAGCUACUGUUCAAAGUGCGCCAAACUCCAGAGAAUCUGGUCCCCAAUUCCACCCACAACACCUUUUUUUUUUUAAUCUUUUUAUUUUGUUUGCAUGUUUAUAACUUUAUAUAUAUUGAUCAAACAUUGAACAUCUGCAAAAUCCCAGAUCAAAAUCAUGGGGUUUUCUAAAUGGGUAUUUAGUUUCUUGAUUUUUCAAUGUAUUGUUGUGAAUUUCUUACAAUCUGAGUCAACUUUUACCUCAAAUGAGGUUGAAGAAAUCCCAAAAUACUUCUUAAAUCAAACCCAAAAGGCAGAGGUUUUUUAUUGGAUGGUGGGAAUUAGGAGGAAGUUGCAUGAAAAUCCUGAACUGGGGUUUGAGGAAUUUGAGACAAGUAGGGUAAUUAGAGAGGAAUUGGAUAAAUUGGGUGUAAAAUACAAGUACCCACUUGCUGUUACUGGUGUUCUUGGGUUUAUUGGAACUGGGGAACCUCCAUUUGUGGCUUUGAGGGCUGAUAUGGAUGCUCUUCCUAUUGAGGAAAUGGUUGAGUGGGAACACAAGAGUAAAGUACCUGGAAAAAUGCAUGCAUGUGGGCAUGAUGCUCAUGUUGCCAUGUUGCUUGGUGCAGCAAGGAUCCUCCAAGAGCAUAGACACAAGUUACAGGGAACGGUUGUUCUGCUUUUCCAACCAGGGGAGGAAGGAUAUGGAGGCGCCAAAAGAAUGAUUGAGGCUGGAGCACUUGAGAAUGUGGAAGCCAUAUUUGCUUUGCAUGUUAAUUCUGGCUUACCCGUUGGUCAAGUUUCUUCCAGGCCUGGCCCACUCUUGGCUGGAAGUGGAUUCUUUGAAGCUGUAAUUAAUGGAAAAGGUGGUCAUGCUGCUAUUCCUCAUCACUCGGUAGACCCUAUAUUGGCAGCUUCAAAUGUGAUUGUUAGUUUACAACACAUUGUUUCUCGUGAAGCUGAUCCCCUCGAUUCACAAGUCGUCACAGUAGGGAAGUUCCAAGGAGGUGGAGCCUUUAAUGUAAUACCAGAUUCUGUCACUAUUGGUGGUACAUUCAGAGCCUUGUUAAAGGAAAGUCUUAGUCGUCUCAAACAGAGAAUUGGAGAGGUUAUCACAAGCCAAGCAGCUGUACAAAGGUGCACUGCAACUGUUGAUUUCUUUGAUGGUGAAAACUUUUACCCACCAACCAUAAAUGACGAAAACUUGCAUGAGCUCUUCAGCAAAGUUGCUACAGAUAUGCUUGGGUCGCGUAAUGUGAAAGAAGCCAAACCCCUGACUGGAUCCGAGGAUUUUGCAUUUUAUCAAGAAGUGAUCCCAGGGUACUUGUUCUUUGUUGGUCUGAAAAAUGAAACGCGUGGUAAUACAGGAUCAGAGCAUAACCCCAAGUUUAUGGUUAAUGAAGAUGUUCUUCCUUAUGGUGCAUCUCUUCAUGCCUCACUGGCUGUUAGAUACCUUAUCGAAAUGGGAGUUAAAAACCUAGAACAAGAUAGAACACAUCAUGAUGAAUUGUAAGCACCUCUUUUUUUGUUUACUAUUCUUCUGCGCUCAUGAAAUGUGGUCCAAUGCGGGUACUGAUUCUGCUGUACAUUCAGUAUUGUAAGUCAAUUUUCGUUUAACAUCCAAUUGUAGCUAUCCAGUUUAAGGAAAAAAAUUGAAUGACA